GGUCCCUUUUUAUAGACAUUUGUUUCGAAUAACAAUUYCUUGUUUUCACUGAAAAGCAAUUCAUUUGAAGUGAAUUUCAAUUCAAUAGACUUUUGUUUUGUUCGUCACAUGACUUAUGAAAUGUCUAUUCAUUUGUCGAUUAAUUUAUCGGUUCUUUCGUCCGAAUCUUCGACCGAAUCUUCGGUCCAUUUUUCGUCCAAAACAUCCAAACACUCGAAACUGACUUUCGAUAAUCGCUUUCAACUGGUCAGAGCCGCUCUUCACCCGACGGCUCCUUUGGUGGCCGUUGUCGACAAAGUGGGCGCUCUUUAUAUAAUAGAUCUGUUGUCGAAUCGGUUCCGUUUGGCCAGAAGACUGUCUUCAGCCGUAACCGCCGUUUCGUUUGUGAAUUCAGACUUGGAUUGCAAUUUAGUCAUCGCUUCCGUCGAUCGAAAUUCCGUUCACUUCUUCCAUUUUUGUCCGCAAUCUCUGGCCGUCCGUUCUUUGGCCGUCGUUGAGAGCGCUCACCGGACAUCCAUUGCUCACAUUUCGUUUGACGGCCAGAACCGCAUUAUGACGUCUUCGGCCUUCGAUUCAGCCGUCGUUUGGGACGUCAGAUCUCUUCGGGAAAUCAAACGCUUGUCGGACUCCAAAAGUCUUUUUUCGCGCUUUUGGAUCAAAGACACGAUUUUAACCAUUUAUCGCAAUCGCGUCUUCAUUAUGGACGCAAUGUCUUAUCGAGUAUUAGAACAGAUCCAAAACACAAGACUUCUUCACGUUUUUGAUGACAUGUUUAUCACUGAAAACCAAGAAAAUCAAAAAGAAAGACAUUUUCUGAACGAAAACCGUGAAAUCGAAAGCCGUUUUGUCAACGAUUCCGAAGAUUCUUAUUUUCCGCCGAAAAACACGACUUUUGUCGACAAAAACAAUGAUUUUUCUGUCGUUUUUGACUCAAAAUCGCAAUUAAUUGUUAAUUAUUUGAAUCAAAAUUCACCGAAAAAAAAGAAAAUUCGUGUAAAAGAAGAAAAUAUUGAGAAGAAUGUCCGCGAAUUGGCCCGAGUUUUGAUCGCCAAAUACUGGAAAUUCCCGCAAAAGUACCGAUUCUUCAUUUGGACACAACUUCUCGGUCUUCCAGACGAUAGAAAGCGAUUCCAAAGACUCAAUGAAAUGUCAGUGGAAUUGCGUUCUGAAGUUCGUUUUGCGGUCAAUAGUCGUGAAUUUGUGGAUCCGUCGGUCGGUCGGUGUUUAGUGGAAUUAUUGGCGCAAUUGAUUCAGUGGAGACCCGAACUCUUGAGCGAGACUUCUGUCUCUGAUUUAUCUCUUUUUUGCUUUCCUUUUGUGAAGAUUUUGAACUCAAAACCAGUCGUUCUUUUUGAAACAAUGGCUUCUCUCGUGAUUAACAACUUUCUGGUCGACAAAAGAGUCAGAGAAACGACUCUUUGGACGCUUUCCUCGAAACUCUUGAGACGUGAAUCUCCUGCUCUCGACCGACAUCUUCGUCAACUGGAUGUCAGUGCAGACGAUAUGUUUGUGCCGUUAUUGACGUCGCUUUUUUCGGAAGUGUUUUUACGGACGGAUUGGUUCCAGAUUUGCGAUCUUUUGUUGACUUUUGGAACUCAACUUUUUGUUUACUUUUUGGUCGCUUUUAGUCUUCAUUCGGAACCAAAACUCUUGAAACUCAAAACUCGACAACAAAUCAAAACUCAUUUCCGAACUCAACAAUCGAUUUCAGCCAAAGAAGUCAUUUCUUCGGUUUUCAUUCUUUCGCAAAGAUAUUUGCCUUUAAGUGAACAUCACUUCCAACCCCUUCUCUAUUGACGUCACGAUCUCUAUGGAUAUCAUCACUUCAUUUGCG